GCCCUCCGCCCGCCAUGGCCGAAGCGCCCCAGCUCGUGGAGACCGACCCGGACUUCCAGCCGCUGCCCCGGCCCCGCUCUUGCACUUGGCCGCUGCCCCGGCCCGAGCUCGCCCCGUCCAGCCCGGGCCAGACGCCUGCUCCCACUCCGGCCAGGGCCGCCUCGCCGUCCCGUUGCGCGCGGGGGGCGGCCCUGUGCUCCUCUUCGCCCGGCGGGGACCUCCUGAGUCUGCUGGAAGGCGGCGGCGGCGAGGGCUUCGAGGCUGCUGGGGCCGGGGAGCUGGGCGCUCCGGGCGGCUGCCCCUGCGGCGACUUCCCCUGCCUCCAACACCCGCCGCACCAGCAGCAGCAGCCGGCGGCCGCGUUGGCUUCGGUGGCCGGGCCCCGCAAGAGCAGCUCGUCCCGCCGCAACGCCUGGGGGAACCUGUCCUACGCGGACCUCAUCACCAAGGCCAUCGAGAGCGCCCCGGAGAAGCGGCUCACCCUCUCCCAGAUCUACGAGUGGAUGGUCAAGAACGUGCCCUACUUCAAGGACAAGGGCGACAGCAACAGCUCCGCGGGAUGGAAGAAUUCAAUCCGCCAUAACCUCUCAUUGCACAGCAAGUUUAUUAGAGUGCAGAAUGAAGGAACAGGAAAAAGCUCAUGGUGGAUGCUCAACCCAGAAGGAGGCAAAAGUGGCAAGUCUCCCAGGAGAAGGGCUGCAUCCAUGGACAACAGCACCAAGUUCGCCAAAAGCAGAGGAAGAGCUGCAAAGAAAAAAGCCGCUCUUCAGACAGGUCAAGAUGGAAAUGGGGACAGUCCAGGCACACAAUUCUCCAAAUGGCCUGCAAGCCCCAGCUCUCAUAGUAAUGAUGACUUUGAUAAUAACUGGAGUACAUUUAGACCUAGAACCAGUUCCAAUGCUAGUACAAUUAGUGGGAGACUUUCUCCAAUCAUGCCAGAACAAGAUGACCUUGGAGAAGAGGAUGUGCACUCCAUGGUCUACCCUCCAUCAGCAACCAAAAUGGCUUCGACUCUGCCUAGCCUUUCUGAGAUGAGCAGUUCGGAAACCAUGGAGAACCUGCUGGAUAACCUCAACCUUUUAUCCCCAAAUACAUCUUUGGCUGGAUCAACCCAAUCCCCACCCGCUACCAUGAUGCAGCAACCAUCAGGUUAUUCAUAUACUCCGUCCAACACAAAUAUAGGUUCACCAAAUGCGGACUACAGGAAAUAUAGUUAUGGUCAGACUAGCCUGAACACAUUGUCCCAAAUACCUAUGCAAACCAUUCAAGACAAUAAAUCGAGCUAUGGAAACAUCAGUCAGUAUAAUUGCCCUGUAGGACUGCUGAAGGAGUUGCUUACUUCUGAUUCACCUCCACACAGUGAUAUCUUGACAUCUGUAGACACUCAUGUUUCCCAGUCCAGUGGCCGAGUGUUGGGACCAAAUGUUUUAAUGGCCACUAACUCAGCCAUGACGCCAUACAGCAGUCAACAGAAUCAUAACAAAAUUGUUGCCCCCAGUACCCAUCCACAUCAAGGACAUAUCCAGCCAACAUCAGUAGUUAACAGCCAUACCUUGUCUCUCACUGUUAGCACUGUGUCUCAUGCUUCAGGUGUACAUCGUUCAUCCGCAGUGAAAACCUCAAUGCAAGUGCCUAUGAGCCACCCAAUGCAGAUGAAUAGCAUCAAUCCUUACACCACUGUGAACAGCUGUAAUGGCUAUGGAAGAGUGGGAAUAGUAUCUUUCCAUCAGGAAAAACUCCCUAGUGACUUAGAUGAUAUGUUGAUUGAACGAUUGGACUGCGAUAUGGAGUCAAUAAUUCGUAAUGACCUCAUGGAUGGGGAAACAUUAGAUUUUAACUUUGACAAUGUGUUGCCUAACCAAGGUUUGUCACAUGGUGUAAAGACAACAACACACAGCUGGGUGCCGGGAUAAGACUGGAAGGCUACAGUUUAAAGUGCUUCAGAGACCUUUGACUGCAGGGACUGAGCAAGAGAGUCCAAAGAUAUCCUUCAGCCUUUGUAUAGUCUUUGUAAUUUUUUCCCUCUUGUCAGACUUGGCAGCAGAUAGAUUUUUUUCUUGCACCGGAUGUAUGCCAGAUACUUGCGGGUCAUUUGCUGCUGUAGGUAAGGUAUGUGCCAUUGGAAGUGUGUUUACUUGGAUGUGCCAAACUCCCACUACAAUGUCAAAGGAGAAGAAAAUACCUUUUCAUCAUGUUUGGUGACUGUGAACAGUGUAAGCUGUUGAAGCAAAACUU